AAAAAAAAAACUCGACCCAGCAGCAGCAGCAGCGAGCCGGGGACUCCUCGCCCUUUUUUUUUUUAAUGCCAUUUUUUAAAAAUAUAUAUGAACACAUAUUGUAGUUAAUUUGUCAGGAACGUAACCGUUGACGUCCUGCGGUUGGAGACGUUACGUACCGGGCACGUUCGGAACGUUGCGGUUUAUUAGCUAAAACAAAGCGGACCCUCUUCAACAGUUCGGGGCUUGUGCUCGCCGCAGCAACCGUUGUUUUUUUUUUUACCUCCCAAUUUCUAUUAAAGAAAAAAGGACACUUUUAGGGGGUAAAUGUCAGUGUAACUCAGCUGAAAACGCCAGUACAGCAUUAAUAGAAGAUGGAUCUGCGGUUACUUUUAAUAGCUACCUUAUCAGCAGUCCUUGGUGGCGGCUGGGCACAGCAAGAGGGAAGCAUAUGCAUCAAGGCAAACGCACAGUCGUGUGGGGAAUGCAUCCAGGUCGCCGAGACGUGUGGAUGGUGCUCUGACGAAACCUUCCUCACUGUGGGUGAGUCCAAGUCGGCUCGCUGUGAUGAUCUGGAGUCCCUGAAGAAGAGAAAUUGCGACGUGGCCAAAAUUGAAAACCCACGCGGAAGCAUCAGCAUCGAUGAGAACAAGCCCGUCACCAAUCGCAAGAAGGAUGUGGCUGAGAAACUGAAGCCUGAGCAGAUCACCCAGAUCCAGCCCCAGAAACUCACCCUGACCCUUAGAUCUGGUGAGCCCCAGACUUUUGAGCUGAAAUUCAAGCGCGCUGAGGACUACCCCAUCGACCUGUAUUACCUUAUGGACCUCUCCUUCUCCAUGAAAGAUGAUUUGGAAAACGUCAAGAACCUUGGCACUGACCUCAUGAGGGAAAUGCAGGAGAUUACCUCGGAUUUCCAGAUUGGUUUCGGCUCAAUUGUGGAGAAGACGGUCAUGCCUUACAUCAGCACCACGCCAGCCAGGUUCAUCAACCCCUGCACUGGGAACCAGAACUGUACCAGGCCCUUCAGCUAUAAGAACGUCCUGAAGCUGACGGACAAAGGAGACGAGUUCAAUCGGUUGGUCAGUGAGCAGCAGAUCUCCGAAAACCUGGACUCUUCGGAGGGGGGCUUCGAUGCCAUCAUGCAGGUGGCGGUCUGUGAGGAACAAAUCGGCUGGAGGAACGUGACCCGCCUGCUGGUGUUUUCCACCGACGCUGGUUUCCACUUCGCUGGAGAUGGCAAACUGGGCGGCAUUGUCCUGCCCAACGAUGGGAGGUGUCAUCUGGAGAACAACACGUACACCAUGAGCCACUACUAUGACUACCCCUCCAUCGCCCAUUUGGUUCAGAAACUGAGUGACCACAACAUCCAGACCAUCUUUGCCGUCACUGAGGAAUUUCAGCCUGUUUACAAGGAGUUGAAAAAUCUCAUCCCAAAAUCAGCUGUUGGCACGCUGUCCUCCAACUCCAGCAACGUGAUCAAACUUAUUAUUGAUGCUUACAACUCUUUGUCAUCUGAAGUCAUUCUGGAAAAUGGCCGGCUGCCAGAGGGAGUCUCCAUCACCUACAAGUCCAUCUGUAAGAACGGCGUGGAAGGAACAGGGGAGAACGGCAGGAAGUGCUCCAACAUCUCUAUUGGAGACGAGGUGUCUUUCAAGAUUUCCAUUGAAUCCCAGAAGUGUCCAUCCAGUGGCAAGGCUGAGCCUGAGACCAUUAGAAUUAAACCACUGGGCUUCACUGAGGAGGUGGAGAUAGUUCUGAACUUCAUCUGCGAUUGUCAAUGCGCCACAGAAGGCGAGCCCGACAGUAAGAAGUGCUUCGAGGGCAACGGGACCUUCGAGUGUGGAGCCUGCAAGUGUAACGAUGGACGUAUUGGGCGACUAUGCGAGUGCAGCAUAGAUGAAGUGCGGACAGAGGACCUGGAUGCCAACUGCCGAAAAGACAAUGGUAUGGAUAUCUGCAGCAACAACGGUGACUGUGUCUGCGGCACCUGCGAAUGCAAGAAGCGUGAGAAUCCUGCAGAGAUCUACAGUGGCAAAUACUGCGAGUGUGACAACUUCAACUGUGACCGCUCAAACAACAAGCUCUGCGGAGGACAUGGCCGCUGUGAAUGCAGGAAGUGUAUCUGCGACGCCAACUACACAGGCAGUGCCUGUGACUGCUCCCUGGAGACUUCCACCUGCCUCGCCAAGAACGGGCAAAUCUGUAAUGGCCGUGGUACUUGUGUUUGUGGAAUCUGCAAAUGCACCAGCCCCAAAUUCCAGGGUCCAACCUGCGAGAUCUGUCCCACCUGCCCUGGCGUCUGCGCUGAGCACAAAGAUUGCGUGCAGUGCCGAGCAUUCGAGGUCGGUGAGAAGAAGGAUACAUGUGAGCGGGACUGCAGCUACUUCCAGCUGAUCAAGGUGAAGGAUCUCAACCAGCUGCCCCAGCCUACAGACCAGAGCUUCUCUCUGGCCCACUGCAAAGAGCGAGACGCCAACGACUGCUGGUUCUACUACACCUACGCCAUCAGGAACGACACCAAGGAGGUCUAUGUGGUGGAGACGCUGGUUGAUUACCUGCUGACGGCACGAUCACUGUUUAAGUGCUAAAAGAAAAGCAUGUGUGGAGUUGCUGAGAAAAGGAAAUUAACACGUGAAAAAGAUAUUGAGUGUCGGGGCUGAGUGUGACACUGUUUCGCGGGUCAAACGCACCCCGUGCGGUGGGAUGUAGUUUAAUAAAACCGUACAGUAAUCAACACUAAGCCAGCCCCGUGACGGAGAAGCGGAGGUCGGACAGUGUCAACAACGGCAAGCUACAGGAGGCGAGCGUAGAAACGAGACCCGUCGGAGCUUCCCGGCCGAUCGACGGAGCUUCGGACCCGGUCCAGGCCCUCAGGUAAGGAUUUCGUGUGGUCUGUGACUGUGCUUGAGUGACUUUCAUUGUGACUGUUUAGCACGACGGCAUAGGAUAAGCCGGUCUGUGGAGAAUUAAAGAAAAAGCGUUCCUAUGCACAGGGGAUGUUUACCAGGAGGGCAAAUGCCAUUGACUUCAACAUAGAGCUUUUAACUGAACAUGACCUCAAACUUGAACUGAGGGCACUCAAGGGCAGCUACGAAGAGGUCUGUAAUAGCAGUUUUGAUUACAUUGCUGCUAUGGAAGAAGAGGAUGUAGCUGAUGUAAAGAAAAGGCUGCACGAUUGCCGCACAAAAUAUCAGGACACUGAGAUGAAGGUAAAAGAGACAUUGUGGUCCCGCUGUGCAUCAGGUCAGUUUGGUGGUCUGAUGGUUGGCCUGACAGAUGUGUUUGAUCAGGCUGAAGCGCUCCAGUCGGGGCACAUAACCAGGGAACAGUAUGAUUUGGUGCACACAGCGGUUGAGAACAGGGUCGAAGUACUGGAGGAGUUUGUGCGGGGCUGGGAGCGCUAUGUCCCCGAAAAGGAGGUGGAUAUCAUGCGGGCCUUUCUCACAGACUGCAAGGAGAAGAGAAACAAGACUAUAGUCGUACUGACUAACUACAUGCGCCAAGGCACAAGAUCAGUGCAUGGCGACCUUGGUGUCCUUGCCAGCGGUGAAGAGAGGGAGGGAGAUGUUGACGGCGGAGAUGACAGUAAAGGCGGUGUGGAUGAUUAUGCUUUUAGAGCUCCAGGAGCAAUUUGCCAGCGUCCUGCCAGCUGCCACCUCCUCUUUGUGUUCUUCAUUCAAUAUCAAAGGCACUCUGUAGUAAAGACAGAAAUACACAACAUUAUUUCAGGUAUCAGGUCUCUAGGAAAAAAAGCUAAACUUGUUUUUAAGCGGUGCAUUCAUAAUGUAACAAUUUGCAUCUUUCUGUUUUUUUUGUCAUUAUAAUUAUAUUCACAAUAACCCUUUUUGAUUCAUUCUACUCCCCCACUGAAACAAAGCCUACGCUGUUGUAAAUUACUGUGAAUAUAUCAGUCAGUUGGCCAUUAAUGUCACUUUGUAAACUGACGAAUGUUGUUCUUUUUUUAGCUUUACUGUAGAAUCGAUCAGCUGAAACCGUUUCCACAACGUACAUAUCUCACAGAAUCAUCUGGUUUGAAUAAACAGAGGAACAAUUGUGUGGUUGAAAUGAGUUGUAAUGGCCUCAAUGGCUGAACAAAUGAGGACAAGAGCGCCACCUGCACCUUCACCAGAAAAUGUAAAGAAGACACUGCAGUCACAACACAUUACAUUGAACAUUUUAAGUAAAACUAAAAAAAAACCUAAAUUCUGUUAAGUUAACAUGGAUACUUAAUGAAGCAGCUUUUACUGGUAUUUUUUAAGUGACAUAAGUUACAGAAAUAUUCCUGAUUUUGUACUUUUUAAUAUGUAUUUUCUUAAUAAAAAUGACCAAAUUAA